ACGGUUCUUUGCAAUAGGUUGAGGAAGUCCAUACUUUUCUUCCAGGCAGAUGGAGAUAGAAGCCUGAGUUGCUUACGUUUUGGAAUUGGUUUUCAUCUGCUCAUCAUCUAAACGUUUGCUCAGGUUUCCAUCUGAUUCAGAUGUGAAUUUGAAUCGACAAGCCUAUCCACCAAGGAACACUGCCUGACUCCACCUGUUUAUUUCGAAACUCAAGUAAACGUAAAGCCUUCACAAUGAUGCAGAUUAGCAACGACACCGUGAGCAAUAAGCACUCCCUCAUCAACGUGAUGCACCGCUUCAUCGCAGCAGCCAACAACAUGGACGAGACCAUUAUGGUGCCAAGCCUCCUGCGGGAUGUGCCGUUGGAGGAGCAGCAAGUGAGCCAUCCCCCAGAGGUGGUGGAAAACAACAACGAGCCUUUUCCCAACAAGCAGAGGGACAUGUACGAGCACUACCUCCUGCUGAAGUCUAUCAAAAACGACAUGGAAUGGGGCCUAAUUAAGAGGGAGAUAAGUGGUGGGGCCAGUUUCCUGGAAAUGGCAGUCAAGCAAGAGGAGCAGCAGCCUGUGACAGGGGGGCUCCCUGGUGAAGAGGGCUCAGACCUGGAGGACCAGUUCCACUACCAUCUUAGAGGGUUGUUUGGUGUCCUGUCUAAACUCACAGUGCAGGCAGACCACCUCACUAACCGCUACAAGAGAGAAAUUGGAGGUGGCAACUUCAUGAGAUAGGAGCCACAAUUGGAUUCUAUAUGGACUGCUUGACUUGCAAGCGUGGGAUGCACUGUCAUGGGAGGCCUCACACUCCUAAUGGAAGAUGUCUGAGCAGGGCAGUGUGAGCUGACCAGAACUACCUUGUGACUUCUCAAUCCUGUCUGAGCAGUGUCCCCAUCUCCCCCCCCCCCCCCCCCUCCUCCUCCUCUUCUCUCUCUCUUCCCCCCCCCCCCCUCUUUCUGAAAGCUCUGCUAAUCAUCACUGUAAACCAAUCUGAUUGAUACCUACACAUGGCCCUCAACGUGUGAAGGCAAUGAAGUCAAACUGUUAUGCAGUGUUUGGUAUGCUCUAUUAAAACUGUUUGCAGAGCUUUGAGUAUAGUUUUAAUUGUGGCUCUGGUACAUGUGAGUUGACAUUUCACUACUCAGAAUUGAAGUGGUUCUUUGUUGGAGCUGUGUCUUGUCUGUAAAGUAACUGUUUCUAACUGUAGGAGAAUUUGGAAUGCUGGUUAUUCUGUCCCUCCUUGACAUUAAGGACUUGGGCUGUUCAAGGGCCUAGAUUUUUUUAAAUGAAUACUACGCACCACUCCUGGUACAGUUUUUAUUUCAGCCCUUCUGUAGGUUCACGUCUGAAUAUCAAAAAAUAAACAAGGUCUAUUAAUGCUACUUUCA